AUGUCUCUUCAACGCAAACUCCGCUAUGCUGUCCUCGGAAUCGGUCGAAUGGGCUCUCGACAUGCUCAGAACAUUGCCUAUCGUACUCCGCGUGCAGAACUCGUCUCUAUAUGCGAUCCUAGACCCACUUCUUUGACCUGGGCUGAGAAGCAUUUACCGCCAAAUAUCAGAGUAUUCCAAGAUUCGAAGACUCUGUUCAGUGAGGGUGGGGAUGAGAUUGAUGCAGUGUUGAUAGCCAGUGAGACGGGGUCUCAUGCUAGUCUGGCUAUCGAAGCCAUGAGGACUGGAAAGCACGUAUUGCUUGAGAAACCUAUUUCCAUAGAUUUGGAGACUUCCAAGACGGUUGUCGAGGAAACCAAGAAAUUCCCAGCCUUAAAGGUCAUGGUUGGUUUCAGUAGACGAUUCGAUGAGUCGUAUAGGGCUGUCAAGGAGAUGAUAGAUCAAGGAAAAUUGGGUGAACCUCACUUGAUCAAAUCGGCAACCAACGAUCAGCAUGAUCCUUCUGGAUUUUUCGUCUCUUACGCUUCCGCUUCGGGUGGGAUUUUCAUUGACUGUGGGAUUCACGAUAUCGAUCUAGCAAGAUGGUAUCUUUCACCAGAAGGGAUCAGACAAGUGAAAAGGGUUUUCGCUUUAGGACAUAACAUCCAACAUCCCGAAUUAGCCAAAUAUGAUGAUGUGGAUAAUGGUGUGGGAGUGGUGGAAUUUGAAAACGGGAAGAUCUUGGUGAUUCAUGUGAAUAGGACGAUGAAGCACGGUCAUGAUUGCUUUACGGAGGUGUUUGGCAAAGAAGGGAAAGUGGUGGUUAACGGGAACCCCCAACUGGACAGAGUAGAAAUCAGGGAUACACAUGGAGUGAGAACAGAGUCUACCCCUACAUACUACGAAAGAUUCCGAGAAGCCUUUGUCAAUGAAGUCAAUGAGUUUACGGAUGUAGUAUUAGACAACAAACCGCUUCCCGUAUCAUGCGAAGAUGCUCUCGAAGCCACCAAGAUAGCUACAGCUCUUACGCACUCAUUCAAGUCUGGCCAACCAGUUUACUUCAGCAGUGAUGGAGAACCAAUUUUGGUCUAA